AUGGGAGCCGCCGACCAGCAGCUGCGCCGCCUCUGGGCCGUCGCCGGCGGCCUCUUCGUCUUCGGCUACGCCUUCAAGUACGUCACCUGGGUGUCCGUGCAGAGCCAGGUCGAGGAGACGAACCGGCUCACGCACGAGGACGCGAGCCGUCAACUCGCGGAGGCGCGCGAGGAGGCGCAGCGCUACGCCCUGCCGCCCAUCGACCGGACGGCCGUGAAGCCGGCCAAGGACGCGUCCAAGACGGUGAUCCUCGUGCGCCACGGCGCCGUGGACCGCGCCGGCGGCGGCGUCAAGCCCGACGGCCUCUACGGCGGCGACGUCGACGUGCCGCUGUCGGCGCGCGGCGAGGCCGAGGCGCGCGCGGCCGCCGCCUACGUCGCCGACGCCUACGGCGCCGCGACGACGGCGGUCUUCGCGUCGCCGAUGAAACGCGCGGUCUUCGGCGCGCGGCGCUGCGCGGAGGCGUGCGGCGUCGCGGCCGUCGAGGAGCGCGAGGCCUUCCGGGAGGUCAAGCGCGGCGCCUGGGUCGGCAGGACGCUCGCCGAGGUCUCGGCCGCGUUCCCCGGCGAGGACAUGCGCCGGUUCCUCGGCGACUACGACUUCCGGCCCGCGGGCGGCGCGGAGUCGGUGAACGACGUCCAGCGGCGCGCCGCGGCCUGCCUCCGCGGCGACGUGCUGCCGUCCAUCGCCGACGGCGAGUGCGCCGUCGUCGUGAGCCACCUCUUCGUCACCCGGUCGCUCCUCGCGCUCGCGAUCCCGGGCACGCCCGUCGCGGAGAUCGCCGUGCCCACGGCGUCCGUCUCCGUGCUCGAGUUCGACGGCGACACGCCCGCCGUGAAGCUCCAGGGCCUCAAGCCCGACCUCUCGCCCGAGGACGACGCGCGGCUCGCGGCGGGCGACGCGGAGACGUAA